ACGGAUUUAAAAAAUUACAGAGGCCAAACUACUGAUUUUUGUAGAAGGUCAGCCUACAUACACUAUAUUGCCAAAAGUAUUGGGGCACCCCUCCAAAUCAUUGGAUUCAGGUGUUCCAAUCACCUCCAUGGCCACCUAGGCAUGCAGACUGCUUCUACAAACAUUUGUGAAAGAAUGGGUCGCUCUCAGGAGCUCAGUGAAUUCAAGCGUGGUACUGUGAUAGGUUGCCACCUGUGCAAUAAGUCCAUCCGUGAAAUUUCCUUAAUACUAAAUAUUCCACGGUCAACUGUUAGUGGUAUUAUAACAGAGUGGAAGCAACUGGGAACAGCAACUCAGCCACCAAGUGGUAGGCCAAGUCAAAUGAAAACGUGAGGUCAGUGGAUGCUGAAGCGUCCAGUGAGCAGAAGUCACAGAGUC